AUGAAGAGUCCGUUAAGGGAAGACGAGAAACACGAGCGCGCGAUUCGAGCUCUUCUUAGGCUCGAACCCAAUCGAACAUGCAUUAACUGCAACAGUUUGGGACCACAAUAUGUGUGCACAGAUUUCUGGACGUUUGUUUGCACUAAUUGUAGCGGAAUACACCGUGAACUUACACAUCGUGUGAAAUCAGUUUCAAUGGCUAACUUUACUUUGCAAGAAGUUACUGCACUUCAAGAAGGAGGGAAUCAGCGUGCAAGAAAUGUUUAUUUUAAAGAAUGGGAUGGACAACAGCAUUCUUUCCCUGACAGUGAUAAUGUUAACAGGCUCCGAGACUUUAUUAAGCAUGUUUAUGUGGAUAGGAGAUUCACCGGAGAUAGUACCUCUGACAAACGAGUGAAAAACGGUGGUGACAAAGAUGGGUCAUAUGAAAACAGGAGAGUUGAGGAGGGAGCAUCUAAAAGCCCUCCAUAUGAAGACUCACAUGAACCUUGUUAUAGUGAUAGGUCUAGUCCCGGUGGAAGAAGUCCUGGAUAUGAUCAAGAAAGUAGGCAAGUUGGUAACUAUAAGAGAAGUCCCGGUCGUCCUCCAGUUAUCAAUGAUUGGCAUCGUGAAGAACGUAGAAAAUCAGAUGGAGAUUAUAAGACGGAAAGUAAAUCCCCUGUGCAAGUCAGAAAUAUGGGCUCUUCUAGCCCACCUGUGGGCCGACCCGUUAGAGAAUUUUUGGGAGAAAAUGUAGUACCUCUUAGGAUAAGUGGACCUCCCAAACGGAACAAUGGAAAAGCUGCCAAUGCCUCAACACUGACACAGAGAACUGCAUCCUCCGGUAGCUUGGUAUCCAGUAAUGAAAGCCAAGUAAAUAUUAAGCUUGAGACUACUAAGAACCUUAUUGAUUUUGAUGCUGAUCCUAUUGCAUCCACAAUUCCUCAAGCCCAACAAACUAGUGCGCCUCAACCUGUUUUGCAGCCAGGAAAUUCCAGUGAUGACAAUUGGGCCUCUUUUGAUAUUGCUUCUGAGAAGAAAGCAAAUCAAAACACCUCAAAUUUAAAUCCACUUGAAUCCGUACUGUCCCAAUUGUCUUAUUCGGCAUCUUUAUCUUCUCAUGCUUCGGGAGUCCAAGGACCUAUUCCAGCAGGGGCUCUUAGUUUUGGCAGUUUAUCAUCUUUCCCAUCCAAUGAUGCUUCGAUGCCAUCUUCCGGACUGGAAGUUGUAUUACCUCAUAAUAAUGUAGGAAAGUGGGCUAGUUUGCAGCAUCAGCAACCAAUGUUCUCUGCUGUAAAUAGUCAGCCAUCGCAUGUACCUUUUGUACCCACAGGACAGGGAUAUCCCAACUCACCAAUGCCUCAUUCAUAUCAUCGUGCUUCGAAGCCAGCCAAUGAGGCUUUUAACAGUAUUCUUUCUCAAACUUCUGCUGUAGAAGUAAAACCAAGUGGAAGAACAGAACUUUCUGAAGAUCUGUUCACUGCAAAACACUCUUCCUUCUCUGCUCCAGUUCAAGGUUGGCAGGCAGGUCUUCCCCAGGGCAGGGGCAUCUCAAUGCAAUAUAAUAAUAAUGUGGCGGUACUUUUUUCGGAGCCAUCAAGGUCAACAAAUCCAUUUGAUGUCGCCAGCAAACAAACCCCAGAUCAAGACCCAGGUGUAUGUGACUUUCAUUGA